AUGGUAGGGAUUGCCAGCGGGCUCUCUUUAAUCCACCAGUUCAACGACGGUACACUUUUCGGGCGGCAUGGCGACAUAAAGGCCGACAACAUCCUUUGGUUUGCGCGUCUGCAUGGCUAUGAUGACCAGGAUGGCAUCUUGCAAAUCGCCGACAUGGGUCUGGCUAGUGUCCAUCGCCUGGGAUCCCGAUCCAACGUGAACCCAGCAUCUAUCACCGUUCCCUCCACAUAUGCUCCGCCCGAUGCAUUCCGAGGGAGACGGAUAUCUCGAGCGUGGGACAUCUGGAGCCUGGGUUGCAUGUACCUCGAGUUCGUCACAUGGUUCGUACUCGGCUAUGAAGCCAUCGAGGAUUUUGCCAACUGGAGAGGCAACGACGAUGACAACCCGGAAUUCAGCUCCGACUGCUUCUACACGACUGACUAUCAGGGAAUCCGGUCCUCGGUCUUCGAAUGGGUUGAUCACCUAAGGAGCCAAGAGAGAUGCUCCGCAGUCAUUCACGAUUUAUUGGACUUGAUCAUGAGAGACAUGAUCGUUCUGGAACCUCAGUUGCGCAGUUCGUCGCAAAGCGUCUGGCAGAAACUGACCGAAAUUUUCAGUACUGCCGAGAAGAAUCGAGAGUACCUGCUGAAGCCUAUGCCCGUGCCAGCGGAUCGGCCGUUGCUGGAUGAGUAUUUCUCAGAUUCAACCUGA